GUAACGAUUCAUCUGCUUAUUCUAAUAUACACUCUUAAAUUUAGUAAAAUCCAAAAUGCCCGCAGUCGGAAUUGUCAUCGGAGAUGGCAAUAGGGAAUAUCCCGGCAAACUCACUCUUUACGUCACCAUGACGUGUAUCGUCGCUGCCAUGGGUGGUCUCAUCUUCGGUUACGACAUCGGAAUCUCCGGUGGGGUGACGACUAUGGAGUCGUUUCAGAAGGAGUUCUUCCCAUCCGUAUACGAGAAACAAAAGAACGAUCACGAGUCCAACAAAUACUGCAAAUUCGACAGCAUUCCUCUCACUCUCUUCACCUCCUCUCUCUACCUCGCCGCGCUCUGCUCUUGCGUUGUUGCUUCUUACGUUACUCGUGCAUUUGGCCGUAAACUUUCGAUGCUUCUCGGAGGAGUUCUCUUCUGCGCUGGAGCUCUUCUUAACGGUUUCGCAACUGCCGUUUGGAUGCUCAUCGUUGGUCGUUUGUUACUUGGUUUCGGUAUUGGGUUCACAAAUCAGUCCGUACCGUUGUACCUCUCGGAGAUGGCACCAUAUAAAUACAGAGGAGCACUGAACAUCGGGUUCCAGCUCUCGAUCACUAUAGGCAUCCUCGUCGCCAGCGUCCUAAACUUCUUCUUCUCCAAGAUUCCAGGCGGCUGGGGCUGGCGGCUCAGCCUCGGCGGCGCCGUCGUUCCCGCUCUCAUCAUCACCGUCGGAUCCCUCAUCCUCCCGGACACACCGAACUCCAUGAUCGAGCGAGGCCGAUUCAAGCAAGCCGAGACGAAACUCCGUAAGAUCCGAGGCGUCGACAACGUCGAAGACGAGAUGGACGACCUUAUCGCCGCCAGCGAAGCUUCGAAGCUCGUGGAGCAUCCGUGGCGGAACCUGUUGCAGAGGAAGUACAGGCCGCAUCUUACUAUGGCGAUUCUGAUCCCUUCUUUCCAGCAGCUCACGGGAAUCAACGUCAUCAUGUUCUACGCGCCGGUGCUGUUCCAAACGAUCGGGUUUGGUAACGACGCGGCUUUGAUGUCGGCGGUUGUUACCGGUUUGGUUAACGUCGGAGCCACCGUUGUUUCGAUUUACGGCGUUGAUAAAUGGGGGAGACGGUUUCUCUUCCUUGAAGGAGGACUUCAAAUGCUAAUUUCUCAGGUUGCUGUUGCGGCGGCGAUCGGAGCUAAGUUCGGGGUCGACGGGAACCCAGGGGUUCUACCAAAGUGGUACGCCAUUGUUGUGGUCUUGCUCAUAUGCAUCUACGUGGCGGCGUUCGCUUGGUCGUGGGGUCCACUCGGUUGGCUAGUCCCCUCGGAGAUUUUCCCGCUGGAGAUCCGAUCGGCGGCUCAGAGCGUAACGGUGUCGAUGAACAUGAUCUUCACGUUCAUAAUCGCGCAGGUGUUUCUGAUGAUGCUUUGUCACAUGAAGUUCGGGUUGUUCAUAUUCUUCGCGUUUUUCGUGGCGGUGAUGUCGGUUUUCAUCUACGUUUUCUUGCCGGAGACAAGAGGUGUGCCGAUUGAGGAGAUGAAUCAGGUGUGGAGAUCGCAUUGGUAUUGGUCAAGGUUCGUUGACGGAGAUGAGAAUGGUCGUGUGGAGAUGGGCAAAGUCCAUUAACGAACCAAGAAAUCGAUAUGUUUUUUUUUGGUUUGGUUAGUAACUUAUAAUAUAAUCAACCAAAAGACUAUAAUAUCAUUAUCUAAGGAGGGAUACGAUUAGUAACUAGUACUUUGUUUGUUUCGUUUCGUUUCAGACACGAACAAAGUUUAUGUAUUGUUUUCUUUAAUGCAAGAACCUGUUUUACUAACU